GAAUUUGUGGAAAAAAUUUCCUCUUAAUUUUUUCAUUUGGUUUAGGCUUUUAACAUAUUCAAAAUGGAGGAUGAAUUUGUAGCACGAAAUUGGGAGGGAGCAACCGAUUCUGUCUCAAUGAUGAUGGACAUUGGUGAGGGAGGUGAAGAUGUGGCACCAUUGGAGGUGCAGCAGAACUGCCUUGAGCAAUUUGCCACCACAGACUUCAUAAUGGAACCCGGCAUUUUUUCUACUUUGAAGAGAUACUUUCAAGCUGGAGGUAACCCGGAACAAGUCAUUGAAAUGUUGUCAGAAAAUUAUCAGGCCAUGGCACAAAUGGCAAACCUCAUGGCAGAGUGGCUUAUUUUAGCAGGAGCAAGCAUCAAUGAAGUACAAGCCAUGGUCGAAAAUCAUCUUAAAAGUGUCAUUCUUAAAACGUUUGAUCCCAAAAAGGCAGAUACAAUCUUCAACGAAGAGGGAGAUGCGCCGUCUUGGCUGACAGACCUGAUCGAGCACAGCACGUGGCGGUCUGUGGUCUACAAGCUGGCCGAGGAGUUCCCUGACUGCCUUAUGCUCAACUUUACUAUUAAGCUCAUCUCGGAUGCUGGAUUCCAAGGAGAAAUCAGAAGCAUAUCGACGGCAGCUCAGCAGAUCGAAGUUUUCUCUAGAAUUCUGAAGACUUCAACCACAGCGUACCUGCAGGCAACAGACAGCGCCCGCAGCACAACUGUCAGAGAAUUUGCUAAGAUGGUGUGUCACGGCCAACACACUUACCUGUACGCGCAAGUAAUGCUGCAGAUCUUAGCUCAGGAGCCCAAAGGAGGAUCUAAUGUCAAGAGACUACAACAAGAAAUAACUAAAUACGCCGUCGGCAGCGGGUACAACGUGACGCCCAUCCAGCUGGCUCUGUGUGGUGCCAACACCUGCCCUCGCGCCGCCAUGGCGCUGGUGCCGAUGCUCACUCGCAACGCCCUCAACCCUGCAGACAUCACCCUCCUCUACAAGCUCUACUCCGCCCCUGACGCGCCGCCACCUGACUUUCUUAGAAUACCGCAGUUCUUGGAGCUGCUGAUCGACGCCCUCUUCAAGCCAGGUAGCAAAGUAAACCCUGAGCACAAACUCAAGUAUUUCUUCCUCCUCGCGUACGCCGCCAGCGUCUACGAGACGCCCAAGAAAGGCAAGAAACCCGGCCAGGUUUGUAAAGAUGACUUGAAACAAACUCAGCAGGCCAUCGAAAAAGUACACAGCAUUUGCCUGGGAGGUCGCAAUGCCAUGGAGCUCAUAGCUGAAAUACAGACAUUAUAUUCAUGCAUACGAUUCCCUGUUGUGAGCGUGGGCGUGGUGAGGUGGGUGGAGUGUGUGGUCAAAGAGCCCACCUUCUUCAAGCUGUGCACAGAAGCCGUGCCCACACAGCUUGCUCUCCUCGACGAAGUGGUCACUCUACACCCACUCCUGCACACGCCCAUCCUACAGCUCCUCAUCGAACUUUUCGAGUCUGAACAAAAUGACCUCGAAAUAUUAGUUCAGUUGGAGGUGCGCAAGAUGUUGCUGGACCGCAUGGUGCACCUGCUGAGCCGUGGCUGUGUCAUCCCUGUCAUGAGUUACAUCAAGAGCUGCACAGACAAAGACGACACCGACAUCUCCCUCAUCAGAUACUUCGUCCGAGAGGUGCUGGAGAUCGUGGCGGCUCCCUAUUCUUUAGACUUCAUAAAGCUAUUCCUGCCGCUCGUAGAGAACGACGACAUCACAGGAACUAUUCGCUCCAGCGACAACGAUCUCGUCUCGCAGUUCAUUGGUCAGUGCCAGAGUCACUUCCUCGUGGGGUCCUGAAAUGCUCCUGCAACGAGCAUCAAGGUACAAAUUACAGCAUCUACGACCCUUCUCAUCACAUCAAACUCAGGGCCACUAAUGCGUCAGCAUCUACGUCCCUCACAUCAAACUCACGGCCACUAAUACGUCAAUAUCUACGUCCCUCACAUCAAACUCACGGCUACUAAUACGUCAGCAUCUACGUCCCUCACAUCAAACUUACGGCCACUAAUACGUCAGUAUCUACGUCCCUCACAUCAAACACACGGCCACUAAUACGUCAGUAUCUACGUCCCUCACACCAAACUCACGGCCACUAAUACGUCAGCAUCUACGUCCCUCACAUCAAACUCUGCUCUACCAAAUAAGUUCAGCCUCAUCUAUUCCCCGCCAGCCUCACCAUGAAUCUUACAUCUCAUGUACAUGCGAUUAUCAGCUUUGUACAUCGCUGCUUCACAAAUCUUUCGUUGAUCUGCAUUAUCUGUUACAAAUAAUUUUUUGUGCAACGUUAUUUUUAAGUUUCCUUGGAAUUCUGUACUUGUAUGUGAUGUACAAUAUCCAAUAACUGAUAAACAUUCUUAUAUAGUAAAUAUAUAUUUAAUUCUCAGCUUCCUAAAUUUUUCCCUGCAAAUUUCCAGCUUUUUAAAAAAAUUUAAUGAAGAAAAUUCCUUGGCUAAAAUGCCAUACUUCGUAUCUAAGACCUAGCGUUGGCUUUUUAGAAAGUAUUUCCAGUAAAUGAAUAUAAUAGCAGAAAAGCCCGGCGCUAUCUCGGAUCGAUAAUGCCUGCAAUUUUAGAAUCAAGAAAUCUCCGAUUCUGAAAAUAAUGAUCCCAAAGUACGCUAACUGAAAAAAUUACCAUUUCAUUGUCAGAUUUAACUUUGGAAUUGGGAAGUUCCUUUUCAUCAAUUUAAAAAUUUGAAGUAUUUGCUUUGCGUGCUCUAAAUUAACUGGAUAUGCACUAAUUUGUAAAUAAAAUGUCAACUUUUGA